UGUGCGCGGGGCCGGGGCCAUGGAGGAGCUGAGCAGCGUGGGAGAGCAGGUCUUCGCCGCCGAGUGCAUCCUCAGCAAGCGGCUCCGCAAGGGCAAGCUGGAGUACCUGGUCAAGUGGCGAGGCUGGUCCUCCAAGCACAACAGCUGGGAGCCUGAGGAGAACAUCCUGGACCCACGGCUGCUGCUGGCUUUCCAAAAGAAGGAACACGAGAAAGAAGUGCAGAAUCGGAAGAGGGGCAAGCGGCCCCGGGGCAGGCCCAGGAAGAACGUGGAACCAGAGAUGCCUACAAACACUAAGUCAAGCAGCUCCUCUUCCUCCACAUCCUCCUCUUCCUCCUCCUCCGAGGAAGAGGACGAGAGUGAUCUGGAAGCAAAGAGAGGUCCCCGUGGCAGGGAGACGCACCCGGUGCCGCAGAAGAAAGCUCAGAUCCUGGUGGCCAAGCCCGACAUGAAAGACGCUUCCAGGAAGAAGCGUGGCCGGAAACCUCUUCCUCCAGAGCAGAAAGCAGCUCGAAGGACUGUGAACCUGACAAAGGUGCUGAAAACGUCCCGGAAGGAGGUGGGGGGCAGUGCCAAGCUGGUGGGGAAGCUGCAGCCCCAGCACAGCGCGCAGGGCUCAGGCAUGGCUAUGCUGAAGGAUCCACCGGGCGCCUUGGCUGGGCUCAGCUCAGGGGGCUCCUCAGUGGAGAACCUGCCCAACAUGAUGAAGAGCGGCUCGGCGAGCCCCAGCCAGGCCAUCAGCUGGCAGAGCUCCAUCGUGCACUACAUGAACAGGAUGUCCCAAAGCCAGAGCGCAGCCGAAAGCUCGGCCCUGGGCAGGCUGGCGCUGAAGGCACAGGCAGCCAGUAAGGGCAGCUUAGGGCUGGACUUGAAAAUGAGGAGCCAGAAAGGCUCUGGGGAGCUGGGACUGAACACACAGGGACCCAAAACUGCAAAGGCUUCCGGCAGCAGCGCUGGAGGGGACCAGAAAUCGGGGUUUGCUGCUGGAGGCCAGCUGCUGCCCAACGGCAGCAAGGCACCGUCGAGCUCAUCUGGGGCCAGCAGCCAGGCAGCCUCCAGCCAGGAGCUGAACCUGCAGGCUCUGAACCUGCAGAGUGUCAAAAACGGGCCGAGCGCGGCCGGCGGGAGCAGCCUGCCCCGGCACCUCUGCGGCUCCCUGGCCAAGGGCUCCGCUGGCAGCACGGCCGGUGCGGGUGCCAAGGGUGCUGGCAGUGCCAAGGCUGGUGUGACAGGGGCCGGGCUGAACGCUGCCGGUGCUGCUGCACUGCCAGGGGGGGACGGAGGCAAGAGCAAGAAGCAGACACACCGGGCAGGUGACAGGGACUCGGCCAAAGGUGGCUCAGCGGGCGCUCCAGAGGGACACGCGGCCUCAGAGAGCCGCAAAGCCUCCGCCCUGGCCGAAGCGAGCACAGGCGAGGACAGCAGCUCGGAUUCGGACCGGGAUUCAGCGUCCCUCCCAGGUGUGGGUCAGAACAUGUCUGUCUCCAUCCAGACCAGCCAGGACUGGAAACCCACCCGCAGCCUGAUUGAGCACGUCUUUGUCACCGAUGUCACCGCUAACCUGAUCACAGUGACGGUCAAGGAGUCCCCCACCAGCGUCGGGUUUUUCAACCUGCGGCAAUACUGAGCCCAGGAGCCUAAGAGGAGGGAGAGAGCCCUUCAGCCUCACCCUCACCUUUGCCCAGCUCCUCCAUCAGGUGUUUUUUCUUCAAAGCGAACGCAGAGCCCUCCUGAGACCUGCUGGAACUUCUGUCUGGACAGGCUGGACCAAUAACACAG